AUGGUGUGGAGCGCCAUCGGGCGUCCGUCGGACCCUCCUGCCGCCAAUGUGGCGUAUGCCCUCUUCUCACAUGGCCGGUCAGCCCUGGCCCCGCUGGUCCGGCUAACCGGCCUCCCCAGCCGCAAGCUGGCGGCCUGUCUAUUUGUCCUGGUGCACCAUGGGAUUGUGGCGGCCGAUGACAAUGACCCGGACGCCGCGGCCGCCCUGGCCGCCGGGCGCAUCAUCACCUACUAUACCCUGCUGCCGGAGCGCCUGCUGGUGCGCCUGGCCCUGCCGCGCUUCAUGGAGGUGGCUGAGCGUCUCUUCCUGGCCGAGGGCCUGGCCGCGGUGUGGGCCCUGGUUCGCCACGGGCGCCUGUCAUACAAUGAUCUGGUGGCCGAGGUGCUCGGGACCGACGCCGAUGCCGAGGUUCCGCUUCCCGGUGCGCCAGAGCGCCCGACCCCGACCUUCACUCGGCUGAUGUUCGACGAGACCCUGGACCGGCUGCUGGCUGGCCGCUGGGUCGUCCCCUUCACCCUGCCAUCGGCCGCCGGCCCCACGCCGGAGCUCAUCAUCACUCGGGCCACCGGCAUGGACGUGGCCGAGGCCCUGGCUAAUGCCGACUCCUUGCCGACCAAUCGCCUGAAGCGCGACCGGGCCACCUUGGACGAGGCCCUUGUGGCGGCCAACCGCCGGGCCGAGUACUCGGCCCAGGGUGCCGCCAGCCUGGCUCGGCCGCUGACCGUGGCCGAUCUCCGGUCCAACCCAGCGCGCGGCCUGUCCGGCGUGGAUGCCGAGCGCCGCGCGCGCGAAGAGAACUCCGGCGCUGGGGGUUCCCUCGCGGCUGCCUCGACCUCGGCCAACGAGGACAAGCUGAUUUUUCUUUCUCUCAACACCGAUCGCUUCAUGAUGCAUCUCCGGCAUGAGGCCCUCAUUGAGGCGGCCCGCCAGCGUGUGGCCCCGGCCGCCGGGGCUCUCCUCCAGACCAUCCUGUCGCUGGUGGAACCGGAGAUGGCUGCUCGCUGCUCGGACCCGGUCACUCGCAUCAAGAGCCCCGUCGUCACCCGUAACAUGCUGGAACUCGCCAUGCAACAGGGCGGCGCCAACAAGCAUGGCAGCUUCAUCAAAUCCGAGGCCGGCCACGACCCGGCCGCCGACCUGGACACGCUGCUGGCCCUGCUGGCGCAUCCGAACCCCAUGCGCUUCCUCCGACGCCGAGGGGACCUCGGCGGCGGCACGUAUUGGGUGGACAUUCGUGCCGCGGUGGCCGGUCUCCAGCUGGCCGAGAUCACGGCCAUCCUGCGGGAACGCCUGGGCGACGCGUCGGCCCGGAUCUUCCGCCUGCUGCUGGACAAGCACUACUUGGAACAGAAGGAGAUCGCCCAGACGGUGCUCAUCCCAUCGGCCGAUGCGCGAGCCAUCCUCUUCCAAAUGAUGGUCGAGGGCUUCAUCUCGGUGCAGGAGGUCCCUCGCACGCCGGAUCGCGCCGUGGCCCGGUCACUCUUCCUGUUCUCGGCGUCGCUGCCCGAAGCCGUGGAACACACCUUCGACAUGGCCACGCACAUUGUCCUGCGCACGCGCCUGCGCCUGCGCUACGAGCUCGAAGUCAAUGGCGUGGCCGUCAUCGACCAGUGGGGCGAGCGCCUGCCGGCGGCCAUCUCCCGACGGAAGGAGUUCCGCGACCGGCGCCGAGUCCGCUGGCGUGCCGAGUCCGCCGUCCAGAGCUCCAUCGGGUCCUGGCUCCUGCUGGCUGGCUGGCAUGUUGUGCUCAACCAGCGCCAUGCAUAGAGAAAGGGAGCGCGCGAGUGAGUGAGCGGCA